UUCAAAUACGACUGUCUCAACCCAAGUGUCGAGCAUAACUUGCCCCAGUUGAGAGACUGCCGAGCUGCACUCCAACCAUACGAUCAAUUGAUUCAGGAAAGACUGCGUCAGGCCCACGAAGAAGCCGAACAAAGCGAACAAGUCUCGGCCCAACCAUUCAAUGCGCCUUUCCCUACACAGAAUUAAGACGAAUCGAACCGCCGAACGAUAAUUAACGCCAAUUCGUUUCGAACUUGAGUUGGAUUACAUCAUUGUUGCAAUACGAUUGUCCUGAAUAUUUAUGUCUUGAUCAACAACUUGAGACCUCCCCGCCUGCUUCGCACCGCCAAACCUUACGAUGUCUUCAAUAUUCUCUCUCCGCGGGCUCUUUACCCGCCAGCCUGCUUCUACGACGCAAACGACCCGUCUUUUCUCUACCACGGCGAAUAUGCUUGCCCGCACACCUCCCAAGGCCGCGCCGAAGAGCCCCAAUGCCGGCAAGGUCCCUCCUCGCAGAAAGCACGCAGCUCCGAAGUCCGAAAACUUCUACCGCAUCCGCACGCUCCGCCAAAAUAUGUUCUCUCCCGCUCCCCCUCCUCUACGAAUGGCCCGUCUUCGAUACCUCCGCCACUGGACCAUCCACCGCGCUUGGCAACUCUUCCGUCGACAGCAGCAUCUAGCAACUGAGCAGGAACGCUCUCGCAUCUUCAGCGGCAUGUACAAUGCUUGUGAAGAGCUGCGCAAAACAGUUGGCCCGGGAAACAGAGACGAGGGCUACCUGUACCGUGUUGCUAUGGAAAAGAAAGGUGUCUGGGGUCUUGACGCAAUUCCCAUCGAGUAUGCGCGUUAUCAAACAGAUCACCCAGCUAAGAACGCAUGGAACCAUGAGUGGAAGAGGAACAACGAUUGAAGUAUUAUUUACUGUCCCAACCCGAAAAAAAAUGUUUAGAAUAGAAAGUGUACUGUAUGUAUGAUAAGGCAGCUGUCAGAUGAUAGUGAUUAGAAAGCCAAUGUUUACGAUUCUUAUUAAGCCCAUUCAAGGGGAGGCAAAAUACUACUUAAG